AUGUCCAAACAAUUAGGAAGUAAGGAUCUUAAUAGAAGUAAGUUAGAUAAAGGCAUGGAACCUGUAGGUGGAAAUGUGAAAGAAAAUAAGAUACACAAUUUUAUGGAGCCAUUCAAACAACUGGAUAGAAAUCCUUUUGAUAUACCCUGGCACAAGCGCGUUUUCACCAAAUGCUCUAAAAAGAGAAAAAUUAAGCCCGAACCAUUUAUAAUGGAUGAACCCAAGUCUAUUUGUGAUGUAGAUAAUGAAUUUUAUAAAAUUAUCGAAGGCCGUCCUAUUAGAUCUUUUACAGAUAUAAAGGUUUACAUGAAGACAAUAAGAGAUAUUCUUCUUACUCGUGCUAACAUUUGCUAUCAAACAUCAGAUUUAAUUCUCCAAAUGGAUAACGCGACAUCAGAAGAAUUGGAGGAAUAUAACAAGGUUGCAAAACUAUACGCUCACGUUAAAACAAGUUUUAUAUAUUUCGCACAAGAAAGCUAUGAAUCUGCUAAGCAGUGUCAAAAACUCGCCGAGGAAAAAGCUAAUUUAGUAGACAUUGCUAUAGAAAAACUGAAUGAUUACUGUUUUGUGGGCAAUCGAUUAAGAAAUGAAAUCGAAAACCUAAUAGCAAUACUAAAAACGUUAUCUCAGUACGGUCAAUUUUUAUACUCUAUAGCACCCAUAACUUGGAAAGAAUUGCAUCACCGCAAUUUUGCAAGGUCCAGAUCUGUUUCAACGAAACUAUUUGCUACUGAUAUGGCUAUGCCAUCCGACGAACUCGACUAUCAAUUAUUUAUUCCGUUGCUUAAAAAUGACGAGCCUGAGCUAUAUUUCAAAAAGCCGAAGGAAAUUGUUAAUGUUUUUGAUAAAAUGAGUAAGCAAUGUCUCAAUUACAUGGAAAUGGAUGUUUUCACUUCAAACAUGCUAAGUAAAGUGUGUAGCCGAAGAGACCAUCUAAAAGACAUUGUAAAAUAUGAAACUGAUGAAAUGGAAGCAAUUAUAGAAAUGAAUAAAAAACAAAUCCAUUGGUUAGAACAGAAAGAAAUAGAAUACAAAGAAAAAUUCAAUCGAAUUCUACUCAAUGAGUUUCACAACUUAUUCGCAUCAUACGAAGUGACAAAACUAUUUACGUGCCUGCAAUAUGUUCAUACACAGAUUUUUGCAACUCCCGAAGACCCAAAAGAUAGUAUUUCUACAUUAGCAUAUAACUUAGAAAUGUUAUAUCUCAAUCUUACAUCUAAAUUGGACGAUUUAGACCAAACAAUUGUCAAAGAAGCAAAGCGUGAGUUGUUUGCAGAAGACAUAAGAAUAAUGAAACAAGCGCGGCUUGCUCAGAGAACUUUAAAGGAAUGUGACAUUUUGACUAAAAAUCUAUAUACCAGUUUUGAACCGUCCAGACGUAGGCGUAAAUGA